UUAGUCGGUGACAGGACAGAUGUGAUACCGGGGAUGGUUCGGAGUUCGGAGCAGGAACGGAGAGGAACGCUGAGGGUUCGGUGUGUUCCGUGCGCACCGGGGCUGCGGGUCUGUCCUCCGCAUCGGUUAGUUCAUUGAUCGAUUAAUUGGUGAUGAGUGUAUCGAUGGACCGGGGGCCGGUGCGGCGCUGUAAGGUGGUGGUGGUGGGAGACGCGCGCUGCGGGAAGACUGCACUGCUGCACGUGUUCGCCAAGGACUCGUACCCAGAGAGCUACGUGCCGACGGUGUUCGAGAACUACACGGCGAGCUUCGAGAUCGACAAGCGCCGCAUCGAACUCAACAUGUGGGACACCUCAGGUUCUGCCUAUUAUGAUAACGUACGCCCGUUGGCUUACCCAGAUUCAGAUGCUGUUCUUAUCUGUUUUGACAUCAGCAGACCAGAGACCAUGGACAGUGUUUUAAAAAAGUGGCAGAGUGAGACGCAGGAAUACUGUCCCAAUGCAAAGAUUGUAUUGGUGGGAUGUAAGCUGGACAUGAGGACGGAUCUAAACACACUCAGAGAGCUGUCCAAACUCACACUGAUCCCCGUCACACACGAACAGGGCACUUCUCUGGCGCGACAGAUCGGUGCGGCGGCCUACGCCGAGUGUACGGCCAAACAAUCGGAGAACAGCGUACGGGACGUCUUCCACAUCGCCACGGUGACGUCUAUCUGCCAAGACACCCAGCGGCUCAAGCGGUCCGAAUCACGCAAAGGACUCAAACAUAUCUCCCAGAAUCCUCAGCACGUCGAGAUCCUGGAGCAGCGUAAAGCUCGAGCGAAGAGCUGCACGCUGAUGUAGGAGCACAGAACACACGACCUGCUGGUGGUCUGAUUCUUAUAUAAAUUCAUUUUUUAUAUUUGAUGCACAGAGAGGGAUUAUUUAUUGACUCUUUUUACUGCUGAGUUGUUUUGCACCUUGUAGAAGGAUGUUGGUGAUGCAACAUUUUCAUUUUUUAUUAUUUUUUGGGUUGAACUGUUGAAUUUUCAACUGUUAGAAUAAAAACACAGGAUUAAACUUGUCAUCAUGUUUGGCCCCAAGAACAAGAUUUAUUGGUCUCAGAUGUCUCCUCCAGGGGACUGGAACACAAUUUUAUCACUGAAUAUAAAAUUGAAAAACAAACCACAACGAGGAACAAUGGGGUGCAUCCCGAAACUAUUUCUCGAUUCCUGGCUGAAAUUACCCUGAAAUUAGUCAAAUAGAGCUCGGCGUCUCUAAGCACGUCUCGGAGGAACCGGCGAAGCUUUCAGAGCAAGGACGCGAGCGCAUAACACACCCUAACUUACAGUGUAAUCAAUUCUCCUCCUCCACAUUCACAUCCGAGCCAUUUGCAGGCGAUAACAGGACCAAAUGAAGUGUGUGUACAUCUAUUAGCAUCCUCAGAGGAAGGAGUUAUCAAUCCGAAGGUUGGGAGUUUAAAUCUUAGCUCUGCCAUGCAGCCACUGUUGGGCCCUUGAGCAAGGCCCUUAACCCUCUCGGUGCUGUAUGAUGGCUGACCCUGUGCUCAGACCCCAGCAGAAAGAAGUACAUCGUAUUGUACACCUGUAUACACUGAUCAACCACCUCCUUGUUUCUACACUCACUGUCCAUUUUAUCAGCUCCACUUACCAUAUAGAAGCACUUUGUAGUUCUACAAUUACUGACUGUAGUCCAUCUGUUUCUCUACAUGCUCUGUUAGCUUCCUUUCAUGCUGUUCUUCAAUGGUC